AGCUGCAAUUUAGCACUAGUCACAUUAGUGAAAAUAACAGAGUCAGAUGUCUGUCCUCAGAGGACAGCUCUCCGGGUGUCUUCUACUCUUUGCUGCGCACGGUAAUGACGCACGAGAGAGAGAGGGGGGUGAGAGAGAGAGAGACGCUGCCCUCUCAGCAUCGUUUCCUCAGUGCGCGUGCUGCUCUCUGACAGUUCGCUGUCUUCUCUCUCUGAGGUUGGAAGGUGUCAGAUGUGACACCGAAGUCGAUGGAAGAGGAGGAUCUUUCUAAUUUACACUUCUCCGUCUUUCCUCGGAGAGUCCGGACCACCUGUCACUCCUCUCCGCUCUGAAGAGGCAGAGAGACGCGCGUAAUUCCUCUGUGCGUCUUCGCCGCGCCAUGCCUCUCCUCCUCCUCCUCCUCCUCCUCCUCUGACCGCCUCCGUCUCUCUCUUUCUUGGAUGAACUUUCUCGCCGCCUGCGGGGACGCGGCCGCUCGCACCGAGAUCAUGAAGACGACGCGGAAAUGCCGCGCGCUGCUGUCGGUGGGUCUGAACCUGGUGGCCCUGUUCUUCUCCACCACCGCCUUCAUCACCACGUACUGGUGCGAGGGCACUCAGCGCGUUCCCAAGCCCAACUGCAGCAAGCAGCGGCGCCACAACUGCAUCGACUACGGCGUGAACGAGACGGACCAGAGCAAGGUGCACUACAGCUGGGAGACCGGGGACGACCGCUUCCUCUUCCGCCGCUUCCACACCGGCAUCUGGUACUCCUGCGAGGAGAACAUCCACGAGGCAGGUGAGAAGUGCCGGAGCUUCAUUGAUCUGGCCCCGGCGUCGGAGAGAGGUGUGUUGUGGUUGUCAGUGGUGUCGGAGGUGCUCUACAUCCUGCUGCUGGUGGUCGGCUUCAGUCUGAUGUGUUUGGAGCUUUUCCACUCCAGCAACGUCAUCGACGGACUCAAACUCAACGCCUUCGCUGCCGUCUUCACUGUGCUGUCCGGUCUCCUGGGUAUGGUGGCCCACAUGAUGUACACUCAGGUCUUCCAGAUCACAGUCAGUCUGGGUCCUGAAGACUGGAGGCCUCACAGCUGGGACUAUGGCUGGUCCUUCUGCAUGGCCUGGGGCUCCUUCACCUGCUGCAUGGCCGCCUCCGUCACUACCCUCAACUCCUACACCAAGACAGUGAUCGAGUUCAGACACAAGAGGAAGCUGUUCGAGCAGGGCCUGCGCGAGGAGCAGAACUACCUGGACCAGGAGGCUUUCCACUACUUCCGGGACCGCUCCCUCCAGUCCAUCUCCAGCACUGUGGAGGUCUACCCUGGCCACAGCGGAGCCAGAGCUGGGCUUGUUGUUGGCGGCCCCGGUCCAGGUCCUGGCCCAGGUCCAGGUCCAGGUCCCGGUCCUGGUCCAGGACGGGGCAAAAUGAGAGCUGCAUCAGCCUCCAUAGACCUGGGGGAGAACACGGACUCCCUGGGGGAGGAGCAGUGCUGAAUCACCCACAGGAAUGGGAGGGUGACGUGGGAUGAGAUGAACGGGGGACUGCUCCUUUAGGUCUGGACCCAGCCACUGGUUUUCCCGCCAAAAUUGAAAGCACAGCAGCCCUUAUUUUAUGUUUGAGGCAGAUGGUUAACAAGACUGAGAUCAUUCCUGUGAGAUCUGUGACUUUGUGGAUGGAAAUCAGGUGUUCUCCAGCAUAUUCUCACAGUGCUAUGUGUAGUAUUUUAACAAUGAAUAAUCUCAUUUUUGAGACCGAUAUCAGGGUGGAGGACUGUGGUCUGCCGCAGGACAGGAAGUUACAGCGUUUAGUCAGAUAAACAGAAAAUACUACACACUGCAUUUUUAACAGGUCAUGUCCAGGCCGUGUCCUAUUUAUGACGCUGAAUGUGAAAACUAGUGUUAAAAGAGUUCUGUUAAAACUACAUGUCUGUUCAUUCUUCAGCUGUGUUGAUCCUGUUGGUGAAACUGGAAUAUACUGAUGAGAUGUUUGAAUCGCAUCUGGCUUCUUCUGUCCUCAGCAACUUUGUGAUGGUUUUGAUUUUACUUCCAGCUUCAGAACAUGGUUUGGUACAAGUGCAAAAGCCUCUGCACCUUCAGAGAGAAGAAAACAGCUGCAUGUUUUUUUUUCUUACUAUAAAGUUUCAGAAAAUUAAAGAAAUGACAAGGUGUAGGUGGAGAGCAGCUUAAAUAGCAUGUUAAUAAUCAGUCUUUUCACAUGCAGCUGUGUGACAGUCAUCAAAGGGCUUCAGGCAAAUAUUGACACCAUCCAACCACAACAUAAAUCAUUAGAGAAUAAAGCAAAGUAUGAGGGCUUUCACUCUUGUACCAAACUUGACUCUUAUCCAUCACAGAUAUUUCAUGAGAGUGUCACCCUCUGUUUGUUGUCAGCGCUCUAAGUUAUAAUUUUUUAACUGACAGGCCACAAGCGUCUGGAAACACAUGAAAGACAGCCUCAUCAACCAGAGGGCAAAGGGUCAUUGCUCUCUGAAAGUUAAUGUGCUCCACAGUCAGCGUCCUUGGAGAGUCGCUGAACCUCCGGCUGUGGCAGGGGAGCCAUUCACCUUUGACCUCUGUGGAAAUUAACUGCAUUAAUGUACCAUAUGUGAGACUCGUGGGAAUGAACCAAGGAGAUAAAUCCUAAUCCUAUCUGAAAGCUCCAGAUUUUAAAAAUGUGAAAUGUAGUUAGCAGCUGACUAUGAGGGGCCAUCCAUCCAUUUUGAAUUUUGAAAAGGUAAUAUUUCCUAGUACAGAAGGUAGUGAGUCACUGACUUAAAGUAAAUGGAUUUUAUGCACUUAUUGAUUUGGUGAUAUCCAGCACAAAUCACAACACUAUUGAAUCUGUGUCGCCUGCCACUGCCCACGUCUCCAGUUUGUUCCCCGAUUCAAACACUGUAGGUUCAGUGUUGUGCUCAGUGACGACUGUUUCUGCUGGUUGGAGAAACAAACAAAACAAAGUAAUCUCCAUGGCAACAACAAAUCAGCUAUAAACGUGACUAAGAUGAAAGAAUGGAGUUCAUUAUUAUGCUAAAAACUGGGCAAUCUUUGGCUAAAAUGCUCAUUUUGGUGCUGAAAGUUAAAAAACGUGUCUUUUGACCAUAAACAACUAAAUUCCUAAUAGUUAUAACUGCAUUUAUUCUUUUGCUUGUUUGCCAGUUGGUGGCAGGGCAAACAAACUGUCAAACACAACACUGAAGUUGAGAUGAUGAGAAUGAGAGCAGUGGGAAUAAGCUACAACAGGGACUUAAGGGGCUGUAAAACCAAAACCAGAGGCUGAAAGAAGCUAAAAAAGCUCAGAGUCAGUACGAGUGAGCUCUUUCACAGUACAUGCAGUCAUCGGAUUCAUAGUUAAUGGAAAAAUAUUGAUUAGAGCAGCUUUAAAUUAAAAUCUAAUGAGACUGUUCAUCAAAACGAACAGUGUGGUGUGUAUUCAUCAAGUGGAAAAAGGUGUUUUUUAAUCAAAUGUUGUACUUAAUUCAUGUGCUGACAAAAUUCAAAGAAGUUCCCUGAGAUAUUAUCUAUUAUUCAACAUUGAGCAUUUUUGGGAUCAGAUAUUGACAUUUGCCAUGAGUCAGACAGAAAACCAGCUGCUGCUGAGGGCACUGCAGUUUCUCCUGGAUGCUCACAGUGUUCUACACUCGGCCUGAGGAUGCUCGGUUAUAUAAGGCGUGGAUUGUAAACCGUAGGGAUUAAAUUGGCUGGGAGUUGCAGUAGUAACAGGGAGGUUUUGGGGUCGGCGUAAUCCAAACACAAGUUCUAAAUCCUCGUGCUGCCUGGCUGUAAACUGGUGGUCUGUGCUGGGUCAUGAAUCCUCUGUAUGCUGAUGUAAACAUACUGGUGACAACUGGAAAAAUCUAUUCUGUUUGAAUGUAUUUACUUACAUAUAUUUAUCUAUGUAUUACA